AUGGCCGCUUCCACGACGCAAACCGCCCUCUCGCUCCUCACAGUGCGCAAUGUAUUCUUUAGUAUCAUCGCAUACUUCGUAUUGUCUUGGGCAGGACAAAUCAUCCGCUACCGCUUCUUCUCACCCAUCCGCGACUUUCCCGGUCCUUUCUGGGCCUCAGUGACUCGGCUAUGGAUCGCUUACCAUAACCUUAAAGAGGACGAGUGCGAGACCGAGCUUGCGCUGCAUAAGAAAUAUGGCCCCGUUCUCCGCAUAACACCAACCAUGCUCCUCGUUAGCGACGCCACCAAGCUCCCGGAAGUCUACGCCCGCAACGCCAACAAGUCCAAGUACUACGUGACGGGCAGCUUCGGCAAGACCGAAUCGCUGUUCAACAUGCAGGAACACCGUGUGCACGCGCAUUACCGCAAGAUCGCAGCCGGUCCCUACGCCUUCUCCAACAUCAAGAAGAUGGAGCCGCUCGUCGACGCCCGCAUGAAGGACUGGAUGGACAAAAUGGAAGAGAACUUUGCAGACACGGGCAAGAAGUUCGACUUUGCGCCUUGGGCGGUGUUUAUGGCUUAUGAUAUUAUUAGCGAGAUUGGGUUUGGAGCACCGAUUGGGUUUAUAGAGCAGGGCAAGGAUGUGGACGGGCUGAUCCAAGGGUUUCACGAUGGGCUGCCGGCUUUUGGACUUUUGGGCAGGCUUUGGCCGUUCACAUAUUCUGUCACCCGCACCUUCAGUUCCCUUUCUGAUGGACACGACGUACAGGUACCUCACAAGUUCAAUGUGCACGAAGAACUUAGGUCAGCUGGGAUUUUUCAUUACGACGCACGCCACUGCAACCUUCGGACGGAACCACCCUCUUCAGUUCCAUCCCUGCACAGCGAAAGCAAACAACAUAUCUCCCAGAUCCACCGCGAAGGUUUCACAGUCUAG